UCUGCAUCGGUUUUGCCAAUCUUCUAUCUUGUCUAUAGUGCGGGUCCUCAACAAAAAAAAGCAAUGAACUAAAAUGAGAGAAAAAUGAAAUUUGCUUCAUAAUAAUGUUUCAUUUAAAUUGUGAGAGAGUAUAACACUUUUGUUUGGUUUGUAGUAUUUCAGUAAACCCAAGAAAUACUGUUAGAUCCAAAAAGUAAUGGUUGUAUGCUGCCGCAUUAACAUAGCACAAUGGCAAAAAGGAAAAAGGCAGCACCAAAAACCGCGGCAACGCGUCGUACGACCCGACGCGCCAAGCAGCAGGCUGAAGCUGCGUCGUCCGCCGACGGAGAAGCCUCUGCGUCUGUCGAGCUCGAGCCGACUGCUUCCGAACCCGCUCAACAGGGCACGGAGACAGCUCCUACCGAUGCAACUCCUGCACCAGACCCACAAACGUCUGAGACAUCAGAUAAAUCUGAAAAUUCUUUAACUACACCUUGUCAAGUACCAAUCGUAGCUUUGCAUAAGAAAUUCGGUAAAUAUCGCUGUCUAUUUAAUAGUGAUGAGACAUUUACUAGAAAAUAUGAUAUUGGUAGCGACAGUGAAACAAAUAGUAGUGUAGAAAUUAGGGUGGUUGAUCCUUGUGCCAGCUCCGAGUCAGAUUCGAAUGCUGCAAUAGAUACACAGUCUGAUACCAACAGCGGUGCAAACUUCAGCCCUGUGAAUAGUACAACAGUUACACAGAGCAAUUCUAGAGACAUAUCACCUGUACCUGCUCCGUGUGAACCAUCAUCUCAAUGUGAACCAACAUCUCAAUGUGAACCAUCAUCUCAAUGUGAACCAACACCUCAGUGUGAAAUGCCAUCAUCAAUCCCAAUAGAAAAGGAGGAAGAGACUGAGAAACCUGAAGAGGUAAAUACUAUUGAUUUAACUGAAAGUGAUUCAAAGCUCAGUGCUACUGAACAGGUUGUAGUAGAUAAGGAUGAUUGUCAAAUAAUUGAUGAUUCUUCCAUCCCUGAAGAGAAACCAGAAGAAAUACCAGCUGAAGACAUUCCAAUGGAGGGAGAACAGAUAGAAUUCACUGGUGAUGAUGAUGAAGUCAUCACCAUUGUUCAGAUAGUGGAAGAUGAUCAUCCUGAGCUAUAUUACAACAUUAAAAUAGAUAGUCCAAGUGAACAUGUAUCUGAAACAGCAGAUAAUGAGGAGAUUAAGGAAAAUUGUGAUAACAGUGAGUUCCAGAUCAAUUUUGAAAAGCUGAACCUUGCAGUUGAGACUGAUCCUCCUAUGGAUUGUUCAGAAGGAGUUGAACUUAGAACCCCACCUUGUCUCACUCCCGAUAUACCAUUUAAAGAAAACUUGAUUGAAGGCUUAACUAGACCAGAUCCCAGUCUAACACCUAGCUCUACUCUGUCAGAUGACAGCAACUCAUCCAGAGUUACUGAACAAAACCAAAACAACUCAAAUGAUUCAGCAGAGUCAUCACCCACUGGUGUCAGGAGAUCCAGUAGAAUUAAGACAAUUAGUAAUAUGAAACAGAAGACCAAGGGCUAUGGGUUAGUGAAAACACCUUUAAAGAAGGCUUUAAUCACUCAGGCGAAAAUGAAACUUGAGGAAAUUGGAUCUGAUAGUCAGGAGAAAACUAGUGAAUCACUACCAAAUACCCAACCUAAUUCUCCUUCGUUUCCUGUACCUUCUGAGAUGCCUGUGAAGGUGAAGUCUCGCUGGCGUAGGUCCAGUGAGUUGGAGAUGGGUGCUAGCUCACCGGCAAACUCACCAUUGGCCAGCCCAAGUUUGCCCCAGCAGCGUCUACCUCCUGUAGCAGAGAGCCCAAGCCUCCCUGAUGAGGAACCUAGUGCACCUCCCCUGAGCAAAGAGGAUUAUGACAGGAUCAUUGAAGAGAGGAUGAACCAGUACCAACAUUUGGAUGAAAAUGAGUAUUUGUGUGAGAGAAUGAUUAGCAAGGAGACAAAGAAAAUGACUUGUGACUGUUUUAUGACCAAAGAAGAAUUGGAGCGCGGGGAGCUGGCUUGUGGAGAGGACUGUCUCAACAGGCUGCUUAUGAUUGAAUGUAAUUCUCGGUGUCCUGUUGGAGACCGCUGUACUAAUAGAAGGUUCCAGUCUAAAGAGAAUGCCCCUCUGAAGGUUUUCUAUGCUGACAAGAAGGGCUGUGGCGUGGAGGCUAUUGUGGACAUCCCAACGGGCGAGUUCCUACUAGAAUAUGUGGGCGAAGUGCUGGACUAUGAGCAGUUCUACAAGCGAGCACAAGCGUACUCCGACGAGAACAAUCUUCACCACUACUUCAUGUCCCUCAAAGGAGACACGGUCAUUGAUGCGACCCUGAAAGGGAACAUAUCCCGGUUCAUCAACCACUCCUGUGACCCUAAUGCUGAAACUCAGAAGUGGACCGUCAAUGGAGAAUUGAGGAUAGGGUUCUUCAGCAAGAGGGAUAUUGUGGCUGGUGAAGAGCUGACGUUUGAUUAUCAGUUCCAGCGGUUUGGAAAGGUGGCGCAGCGUUGCUACUGCGGCGCCGACAACUGCCGCGGUUGGAUCGGAGGCGAGCCCGACUCUGAUGAUGAAGAUGACGAGGAGGAAGAAGACGUAUCGACUUCGAAGUCGGGUACAACGGAGUCUUCAGAAGAGUCUCUGGCGACGCCCACGGAGCAGCCGCGGCCGCGCGUGCGGCGGCCUAAGAAGGACCGCACCUACAAGCCUAAGGCGCCUGACUUGGUGCAGGAUGCUGAUAUCGAGGAAGACCUAGAAGCUCUCGGCCGCACAGGAGUCAAGAAUCAAAGCCACACACUCCGCCUCUCCCGUACCGUCGUCCGCGCCAAGAGCCGCCGCGCUCAGACCGCGUUACUGCGACUACUGCGUGAUGCUGACCUGCCUUGUAGGAGGCUGUUCCUAGACUAUAGGGGGUUGAGGCUGCUGGCUCCGUGGUGUAGCGAUGCCCCUCUUGAUUUCAAGCUAGAAAUGCUACAGACAGUAGAUCGGCUGCCCAUCCCCAACAAGACCAUGGUACAAGAGAGUCGGUUCUUCACGAUCGUGGAGCGGUGGCUGAGCGCGGCCGACGCGCCGCAGCCGGCACAGGAGAACGUGUUCAUUGAUGAGGCUACUGGUUUGCCGAUAGAACUACCUAACAGAGGCAGCCAAGAGAACCUGUCAAGUCCAGAAAAAGCAAAAGACAACGCUAGCAUAUUAGAGAAAAUUAAGGACUUAUCUAAUCAACUGUUAGAACGAUGGUCCAGUCUAAAAGAAGUGUUCAAAAUACCGAAGAAAGAGCGAAUACAGCAGAUGAAAGAACAUGAAAGACAAGCUAACGUUGAGAGACGAGCCGCCGACUCUAGUGGGUCCCGCGACAGAGAACGUGACCGCAGAGAGGAACGAGAACGAGACCGAAGGGAAGAACGCGAGAGAGAACGGGAGAAGGAGAGGGAGAGAGAGAGGGAGCGCGACCGGGAUAGAGACAGAAGUGACCGGGAUAGGUCGGAUAGAGACCGCGGGGAAAGGGAUAGAGACAGGUACAGGGAACGGGAUCGAGAUCGCGACAGGGAAAGAGAUAGAGAUGAUAGGGAUAGGAGGAAAAGAAGAAGCAGUCCAGAAGGUGGUAGGAGAAGUAUAAGGUUAAGCGAGCGAGUGCUGGCCGCAGUGCCGCCGAUGAGCAAGGAGGAGCGGCGCCGAGCCUUCGCCGAGGCCGCCGCCGCCGCCGACGAGUCGCGGCGCCAGCGCGAGCGGCUGCAGCACUGGCCGCACUACUGGCAGCAUGACGCCUAUCAGCAGGUAUACACACCAUGUGCUCUAGCGAGCCAGUGCUGGCCGCAGUGCCGCCGCGAGCCAGUGCUGGCCGCAGUGCCGCCGAUGAGCAAGGAGGAGCGGCGCCGAGCCUUCGCCGAGGCCGCCGCCGCCGCCGACGAGUCGCGGCGCCAGCGCGAGCGGCUGCAGCACUGGCCGCACUACUGGCAGCAUGACGCCUAUCAGCAGCUAUCAGCAGGUAUACACACCAUGUGCUCUAGCGAGCCAGUGCUGGCCGCAGUGCCGCCGAUGAGCAAGGAGGAGCGGCGCCGAGCCUUCGCCGAGGCCGCCGCCGCCGCCGACGAGUCGCGGCGCCAGCGCGAGCGGCUGCAGCACUGGCCGCACUACUGGCAGCAUGACGCCUAUCAGCAGCAAAUGUUCCCCGGCGGCAUGGUACCCGGCGCCCCCAACAUGCUGGGCAACAUGCCCAAUAUGGCAAACAUGCCCAACAUGGCGAACAUGGGCAACAUGGGCGGCAUGGUGUGCGGGGUGGGCGGCAUGGUGGGCGACAUGCCGCCUGAAUGGAUGCAGCACGACUUCUCCACCGCACCAUUCUGUCCGCCAUUCUGUAUGCCGCAGCCCAAUAUGAUGGGCAUGCCUGGUUUCCCUAUGGGCGGCUUCAUGUUCGGUCAGCAGGUGGGCCCGCCCGGACAGCAACCCUUCCCGCAACUACAGCAACCGAAUAACGACCAGCAACAACCACCUCAAACAGCGCCUACAGAGGCGCCCAAAGAGAUAGUGCUGCCGUCUCUGUGGCGCAGCGCGGUGGACGGACGCGGCCGCACGUACUACUACCACGUCAAGCUGCGACAGCCGCAGUGGCUGCCGCCGCCGCCGCCUGCUGAACAAGAAGAGAGUUCAUCAGAAGAAGAAGACGAGCCUCCAUCAUCGGGUCUGGACAGCCCGCUGGUGCGACGGCAGACGAAGGGCAAGGUUGUAGAGGGAGUCAACGGCAUUUACGAAGUGAUAAAAGAAGACGGUCACAAUGGCUUGAUACCUGACCACGCGCUGGUCAGCAUAAAACCGAGGAAGCGAAGGCCGGGACUCGUCUCAGAAAGACCUAUUAGUCCGCGAACCGAAGAAGACAAACUCGCGGGUAGACUAGAAGUGAAGAGGUACAAGCAGACCAAGGAGAAGCUACGUCGUCGCCGCGAGAAGCUGCUGCAGAAGGUGCGACUGCUCGCCGCCAACAAGUCGCAGAGACGGCUUAAAGGCAACAUGAUUGAUUUGAAGGAUAUGGAUAAAGAAAAAGAAAUUGACAAAGAUAAAGAUAAGGAAAUAGAAAGGGAGAAAGAGAUUGAGAAAGAAAAAGAGAUGAAGAAGAUAAUUGAAUUCGAGAGGAAGAUAAUUGAUUUCGAAAAGAAGAAAGAUAUUGCUAAGGAACCAGAGUGUGACAAUAAUAAGCAAAUGGUGGAACUAGUGGACUCGGAAACCGAUUCAGAAGACUCGUCUACUGAAGAAGUAGUACCUACUCCAACACCCGUCGAAAAACCGGUUGAAAAGCCCAUAGAGCUGGAAGCUUCCCCCUCCCCGGUCAUCAUCCCCUCCCCUCCACCUGCUGAAGUGAGCGUGGUGACUACUGAGGAAACGGCUCGGAAGAUCAAGGAGCAGUUCCGAUGCAGCAUGGCGAGGGUGAUGGUGCAGCAUUUGAAUCCCUAUCGACAUCCUGACGCGCCGGCUGCUAGGAUCACCUGUACUGCUGAUUUCAAACAUUUGGCUAGGAAGCUAACACACUUCGUAAUGCUGAAAGAAUUAAAACACUGUCGCUCUGUAGACGAGUUGAUAGUCACCGACUCAGUUCGAUCAAAAGCCAAGAUGUUCGUCAAGAAAUACAUGGCCAAGUUUGGGCCCGUCUACAAGCGACCGCCCGAGGAGAUAGACUAGCGAACAAAGGCCGUACGGCGGCCUUAACAUGUACCUACGAAUUGACACUACGGGUGAGCAGUGCUAGUUAGUAAUGAAGUGACUGACCCACCAUGAACUUGCUAAUUAAUUGAUCAAUGCAUUUCUAGGCAAAACAAUUUGCACCAAUAUUGAUGACAGUAAAUUUAUUUAAGACAUUCUUCAAUGUUUUGGUGAUACAAUCCACAUUGAAAUCACAAUUUGAUUUAUAAAUUAUAAUUCACUCUCAAUCAUAGUUUAUUAAUUUUAAAUGACACGCAUACGAUUUCUAUAUUUUUAUGACGAUAAUACCAGUUGUAAAUUGAAAAUUUGCAGGGCAAAGGAAUUAGGAUGUUAGAUAUAUUUGAUUAACGAACUUUUUAGGUUCGGAAAUAUGUACUGCAUAGUAAAAACAACUGAAAUAAAAUGUAAAUAUAGUGUUGUAAGUCGAUAGCUCUAUGUAAUGGUUUAAGAAACUCCUCUUUAGCAUUAGACUGUAUUAUAAUGAGAUGAUUCUACGUUCUUAGACAUGAUUUUAAUAUAAUUGUUCACGGGGUAAAUGCAAGAGAAAGUAUUUAUAAUGUACUAUGAUCUCUGGUGGAGUUUUGCUGGAUACACGAUCGCGACUCGAAUAUGAACUGCAACGGUUUAAGUACACAGUAUUAUGAAUAGGUUUUAUUAAAUAUUUUGAACAGUUGUAUGCCAUUGCGUUUUGUCUGUUUGAUUGUUGCAACAAUUUUCCUGAAAUGAGACUACUUUGACUGUUUUUGUCAGCUAUUGCAAAACUCGAACUCAAAUAAAUAUAGGUUACAAAACAUAAAAUAAUUUGCGUUCAUUAGAUAAAUACAAUAGGUCAUCUUUUUUCGAAUAUUUGACAAAUUAUGAAAUAAUUGCUGUAUAUACUAUACCUAUGGAGGUAGCAGAUACUAUUUUUGUGGAACAUUUUUAACGAAAUAAUAAGAAUUUUUGGAAUUUACGAUGUUAUAUGUGUACUCAUGUUAGUAGAAAUAGAUUCAGACAGAUUUCUGUCUUCAAAUAAACUAGAUGUUCCACACAGAAUUUGUUGUUUCGAUUUUCAGCAAAUAACUUGACAUAUUUAUGAUUCAUCACUAAUAAUCGCUGUAUUACAUUCAAUAAGCUAAUUUAAAUUCUCGUAGAGAACAGAAAAUAUGAAGCUUGACUUGCUUUCGCUUGCUUGUAAGUGCUUUCGCAGUGCCGACAUAUAUUUUCAAGAAUACUGACUAUUAGAUAAUUAAGUUAGUGUUAGAUGCUCGCAGCCCCAGUUGCGGAACAAAACCAAACAUGAGUUUGUCGUCAAAUUAAAGUAAGCCGAUAUGAAAUUAUGUUACAUUCAACUGUAUAAAUCUCCCAUUUUCGAGAUAGUUUUUAUGUGAUUCACUAUGUGUGUAAAUAGUUGUAAAUACGAGUGACAUAGAAUUAUUGUCUGUUCGGGUUAUAGAGUGAGCGAUUUUAUUUUUAUGUGGUAGGAUGCUUGGUCGAAUCGUGGAUGAACUGUUUCAUACUUGGACGAUCAGAUCGAAGCCGUCGGAACAAAUAAAAUGUUAUUUCUUUUAAUA